AAAAGAGAGUGCCUCUGAGCUGGCAGUCUACAAGGUUGGCAAAGCUAUCCAGCACUGUUUCUUCUGCUCUUGUACCUACGAAGCCAAACCAAGCCUCAGCCAUGUCUUUGAUGGCAAGCAAGAGAAUCAGCACCAGCAGCCUGAACAGCAGGGCGUCUCGGGCUGGGGGCAGCAGCAUGAGUCUGAGCGGCCCUUACGGCAGUGGGAAAAUUAGAAUGAGCAAUUCCUACAGCUCCUACAGCGCCAUGGGAGGAAGCAUGGGAGGAGGGAUGAGUCUCCCCAGCGUCCCCAUCUCCGCAGUGACCGUCAACCACAGCCUUCUGGCCCCCCUCAACCUGGAGAUCGACCCCAACAUCCAGGUGAUCCGCUCCCAGGAGAAGGAGCAGAUCAAGGGCCUCAACAACCGCUUCGCCUCCUUCAUCGACAAGGUCCGUUUUCUGGAGCAGCAGAACAAGAUGCUGGAGACCAAGUGGAACCUGCUGCAAGGGCAGACCACCACCAAGACUAACAUGAACGCCAUGUUCGAGGUGUACAUCGCCAACCUGCGCCGGCAGCUCGACGCCAUCAACAACGACAAGAGCAAGCUGGACAGUGAGCUGAGGAACAUGCAGGGGGCUGUGGAGGACUUCAAGGGCAAGUAUGAAGAUGAAAUCAACAGACGUACUGGUCUGGAAAACGAUUUCGUCGUCCUGAAGAAGGAUGUCGAUGGCACCUUCCUGGUUAAGGCUGAUCUGGAGGACAAGGUUGGCACCCUGAGCGACGAGAUCAACUUCUUGAGGAGCAUUUAUGAGGAGGAGCUCCGCGAGAUUCAGAGCCAGAUCAAGGACACCUCCGUCAUCGUGCAGAUGGACAACGCCCGUCACCUGGACAUGGACUCCAUCGUGGCUGAGGUCAAAGCUCAGUAUGAGGACAUCGCUGCCAGGAGCCGCGAGGAGGCAGAGUCCUGGUACAAGGUCAAGUACAGUGAGAUGUCCUCCCAGGCUGGCAAAUACAGUGAUGAACUGCGUAAUACCAAGGGUGAGAUCGCUGAGCUGAAGCGCAUGAUCCAGAGACUUGAGAGUGAGAUCUCAUCCAUCAAGGGACAGCGUGCCAACCUGGAGUCACAGAUCGCUGAGGCAGAGGAGCGCGGGGAGCUGGCAGUGAAAGACGCCAAGCUCCGUAUUGGAGAUCUGGAGGCCGCUCUCCAGAAAGCCAAGCAGGACAUGGCCCGCCAGGUCCGGGAGUACCAGGAGCUGAUGAACGUCAAGCUGGCCCUGGAUAUCGAGAUCGCCACCUACAGGAAACUCCUGGAAGGAGAGGAGAGCAGGAUUACCAACCACUCAGUUGUCAGUGUUCACUCUACACCAAGCUACAACCAGUCCAGCAUUAAAGGGGUGAAUGCCAGUGGCUACUCCACCAGCGGUGGCUACAGCUCCUCUUCCUCAGGGUAUAGCACAGCUCAGGCCACCAAGAGCGUGGCCACUAAGAACGUGCUGAUCAAGAUGACCGAGACCAGCGACAACCGAUACCGCAAGUGAACAGGAGAAGAGCCGCAGGCAUCAAAGCAACAAACUCUCUGCUAUCGUUACACGUCGCCCCGCUAUUGCCAGCUUACAGCUACCCGUAGAGACCUGCUCAGUUCCCUUUUGUAGAGAAUAUAUGUGGCACAUAGUAAAGGGGAUGAGCUUCAAUCAAUGAUUAUUGCUCAUGAGGAACGAUUAUCGGAUCCAAACAAAUGCUGACCGAAGCUUGUCCCCUUUAUUGCACGAUCCAUCCAGAUGUAAUUUUUAUGAGAUUAAAAAAGGGGGGUUGAGCUGAGAACCCAACGGUUUAACAAGUGCCCUUGAUCUCUGGUUAGCUAAGCCGUCGAUAGUGAGGCGUCACUCUUGGGGUAUUCGUUGGAUUUCGGUUGCUCUUUGGUUUAUGUUUUUAUUGUAACCUAACGAAUUACGAAUUCAUCUCCUUUCUGUAGAAUCCAAUGCCGCUGGGAAAUGGGGGGGGUGUUCAUUAAAGUGGUCCUUUAGGAACCUCCAAGUUCCUAAACAGGGACCAGCUUGUAACCAAAAUUAAAAUCUACCACCAAGCUGGGAGGCAUGCUUUGCUUAUCCAAGCAGCCUAAACCCCAACAGGAUUUCCAUCCCUGGUGAUACUGCACUGUACUUCUUCCUUUGUAUCCCCAUUAGCGUUCACCACAGUAACUGUCUUUAGAAAACUGAUGGAAGGUAUGGAUUCAAAAAUAC